AAGAGAAGAAAACAGAUAAGAAAAACCAUACCAACUAACUAAAUAUUGUUUCUAUCCAAUGGGAUGUGCCUGGGUGAAGAGAAGAUACAGAUAUGAAGAUCUUGCAGCUCAAACUUGUUUUAGUGUGAAGGAAAUCAAAAUGUUGUAUGAGCUAUUCAGGAAACUAAGCAGAUCCUUAAUUGAUGAUGAGUUCAUUAGUAAAGAAGAGUUUCGUCUUGGAUUAUUCAGGGACAGCAAGAAGCAAUGUCUCAUUGCAGACAGGGUUUUCAAUUUGUUCGACUUUAAGCAUGAUGGAAUCAUGGAAUUUGAGGAGUUUGUCCGGUCAUUGAGUGUAUUCCACCCAAACUCACCAGAAGCAGGCAAAAUCGCAUUUAUGUUCCAGUUGUAUGAUAUAUGGCAAACUGGCUUCAUUGAACGUGAGGAGGUCAAGGAAAUGGUUUUGGCACUUCUGGAUGAAUCUGAACUGAUCCUUUCAGAUGACAUUGUUGAAGCAAUUAUUGAUAAGACAUUUAAAGAAGUGGACUCAAAAGCCGAUGGAAAGAUUGAUCAGGAAGAGUGGAAAGAAUUUGUGGCCCAGAAUCCAUCGUUGCUGAAGAAUAUGACCAUUCCGUAUCUGAAGGACAUCACAAUUGCAUUCCCUAGCUUCUCAUUGAGAUUGGAAGAUAAAGAAGAAACUUAACCUCACCUAGAAGAUUUUAAGGCUGUUUUAUGAUCCCAUGAGAGUUCAAGCCACAGUGAUCUUAACUAAUUCACACAUAUUCCCAGCUUUGCAAUUAAGCUCUAAACUGAUGCAAGGAAAAAACAAUAAAAAUAUUGGAAGUUUCCUAUUGUAGUC